AGGAAGGACUAGAGCUUCAGCACCAGAGCUACAGCACCAGAGCUAUAGCACUAGAGUUAUAUAAGGAGGCAGCAUCAUAUGUUGUGUUAAUGCGAACACUUACUGCUGUACCGGCAGCAGCAGCAGCAGCAACAACUAUUUUACCAUAAACGAAGUUAACGAGAGUGUAAAUAUUGAUAUAAAGUUGUCAAUAUCGCAAGAGUUUUCGCCAUGGAUGUGAACGGCGACGUGGCUGGGAGGUUGUCAGUCAUCGAACCUUUGACUGGACCAGAGGGAUACACACCAGACACACUGGAAACUCGGACCGCUAGAAACCUCCGCGUAUGCAAACAGGUGUUCAUGGUGUUUGCGGUGAGUCUGUGUCACCUUUCUUUGGCCGCGAUAGCCAUGUGGCCUAACACCGCGCUGUCAGACCUGCGGCGAGACAACACCACCAUGUAUGGCAAUGCUAUAUCUCUUACCAGUACUGAGAUGGACAUGUUGGGAAGUCUGGUGCCAGCUGGCUCAGUCCCGGGUACAUGUCUGGGGGCAAUCUUCGUGUCUAGUAUAGGACGAAGGAGGUCCAUCAUGGUGCUUCUGUUGCCCACUGUUGUUGGCUGGGGCAUGAUUGCCUUCGCUGUUAAUCCCGCCAUGAUUCUGUUCGGCAGAUUCUUCAAUGGAGUUACAUGUGGAAUGUCAACAGUGUCGGCAAAUACCUAUAUUGUGGAGCUGCCAGAUGCAGCUGUACGAGGAACACUUUUCGUUAUACCGACCUUCUUCAUUAUAAUUGGAUAUGUUUUAACAAUCGCUUCGGGGCUCGUACUUCGAUGGUACCAGAUCCCCUUCUUAGGCAUUAGUGUGAGCGCAGCAUGUUUUAUAGUAAUGCUGUUCAUGCCAGAGAGUCCAACUUACCUCGUCAUUACUGAUCAGAAAGAUGAAGCGAGAAAAGUUCUAAGGAAUCUUAGAGGACCAGAUGUAGACGUCGACGAAGAGAUAAAUACACUUCGUAGUGUAAACGAGAAAAUGAUCAGUCAACCCCUGCUGAAGGUUCUCCGGCAGCCCGUCAUGGUUAAAAACUUGUCAAUUAUCUUCAUCCUCUUCUUCAUUAUGAACUUCUCUGGUCUCCCUGCUAUCAUCAUCAACACAACUCGUAUCUUUCUCGACGCUGGAUCAGAAAUGAACGAAAACUUGGCGACGAUAAUAGUGUUACUUAUGAUGUUUGUGGGUUCAGGCCUGUCCCUCUUUUUCUUGGAUCGUAUCGGCCGAAAAAAAAGUUUAAUUGCUUCUCUAACAGUCACAGCAAUCUGUCUUCUGAUCCUGGGAACAUUCAUACACUGCAAACACAUAUACAAAAUUUCAAUAUACAGUGAAGAUGUGACAUCAAUAUACAACUUUACAGCGGGGACCACCUCUUCUGACAACAUGAUGCUGGGAAACCAUAUGCCAAAUGCACCUGUCGACAGCUCCUGGACUAGUGAGCACUCGUGGGUGCCUCUCGUCUGUCUCCUGGUCUACAUGGCUUCCGCGAGUUUCGGCCUGGUCCACAUCCCUUUCAUCCUCAGCAAUGAAUACUUCCCUACAGCAGUCCGAGCUCAAGUGAGAAUCCUUCCUAUUUCUUCUCUCAUAAAUUACAACAUCACUGUCUUUAGGUUAAAUGAAUUAUGGUUAAUUAUUCAUAUAAUUCUACAAUAUUAUACAUUCCCAAGAUGUAAUAAACGAUCUAUAAAGUUCAAAUCAGGAUUCAAAAGAAUAUAACACAUGAUAAGGUAAAUUUAGAAUGAAAGUUGACGCCAUUAGUAUGAAUUAAUUUGUGGUUAACAACAAGUGUAGCAAAAUGUAUAUCACUUUAUAGGCAGCCAUUAAACUGCUAAGUAUAGUCAUCCAUCAUUUACAAAUGUAAGAAUAACUUUUGU